AAAACAAGAAAAGCUGAAACCAGAGAGAUUUCAUUUUUAAAAUUCGCCUCUCUUCUUUUCCUAUUCCCUUUUAAUCAUUGCUUGUGAACUGAGCUUCAGUUCUUCUCUUUCUCCCUUUCCUUCCCAUUUCUCCAUUAAACGACACAAUGGGAAUAAAUUUCACUGGGUUUUAUCGUUAUUGAUUGCCACAAUCUUGAAAUCCUUUCUUUUUUUACUAAUCUAUUUUUCCCAUUUCUUGUUCCGAUCGGAUCUGAAAGGGACUUGCGCAACAACAUUUUCCGGAGAAAGAAAGGAAAAUUUUUAAAUAAUAAAGCUGCACAAAGCUCAUUUACUUUUCUUUCUCAAGGGUGAUGAAGGAUUGUGAUUAGUGUCGAUGCCUCACGACGCUAGGGGAUCCCUUAUCCAAGGAGUGGAUUCAAUAGACAUGAGCUGCGCUAGCAAGGUGGAAUACAAGUCUUCUUCUGCACCUCCAUCAAGCCGCCCGCCCCACCAUCCUUCUACGAAGCACUACAGGCACGGUGGAGGCUCAUCCGGAUCUCAUGCAGUUCCCAAGGACUCAGUGCCUAAGGAUCAUAUAAUGAAGACAAUCUAUGCCCCGUCUGGCUCUAUGGUCGUCUCAAAACGCUCCUACAAAACUGCUCAUCUAGUCAUGCGAAAAGACGGGGAUAUUGGUGGAAUGGACGAAGGAACAGAGAAAGAGAAGGGGGAACCGGGUAGUGCACGGAAACAGCCAGUAAGCAAUGGUAAGAUCGAGCAACGGGCUGAAGAUGACAAGAUUUCUGAUUCUAAUGGAGAGGAGCCGGUUAAGGUUGACUCAUUGCCUGCUAAAGAGCCUAAAGUAGGAAGUGGGUUUUGUCCGAGCCCUCAAGGCAGUUUCUACUCCACGACGCAGUAUGCAGAAGCUAAAGAGAGCUUCACUAACACUGAAGUGAGUGAGUGUGGGAAGUCUGAGAGUGGUGAAGUCAGCAACUCAGGUGACUUUGUUGUUGAGAGUAGGAAGACUAGCAUAUAUAGAGGGAGCACAGGCAGUGAUGUCAGUGACGAGAGCAGCUCCAGUAGCUUCAGCAGCACUAUGUACAAGCCGCACAAAGCUAAUGACACAAGGUGGGAAGCGAUUCUAGCUGUCAGGUCUUGUAACAGUGGGGCGUUGGAGUUGAAGAAUUUCAGGAUUUUCAAGAGAUUGGGAUGUGGGGAUAUCGGCAGUGUCCAUCUCGCUGAGCUGAUAGGGACGAGGACUUUGUUCGCCAUGAAAGUGAUGGACAAGGAAGCCCUAGCUAGCCGGAAAAAGAUCCUCAGAGCUCAGACGGAGAGAGAGAUUCUUCAGUCUCUCGAUCACCCCUUUCUUCCCACUUUGUACACUCACUUUGAGACGGAGAAGUUCUCGUUCCUGGUGAUGGAGUUCUGCCCCGGGGGAGAUUUGCACGCGCUUAGACAGAAGCAGCCCGGGAAGUUCUUCCCCGAGCACGCUGCAAGGUUUUAUUUGGCUGAAGUUCUCCUUGCUCUCGAAUACCUGCACAUGCUUGGGAUCAUCUACAGAGAUCUCAAACCCGAGAACGUGCUCGUGAGAGACGACGGCCACAUAAUGCUCUCCGAUUUCGACCUCUCCUUGAGGUGUGCAGUGAGCCCAACGCUGGUCCAGUCCUCGAACACCAAUGCAGAGUCCAAGAACUCGGGCUACUGCGUCCAGCCCACCUGCAUGGAGCCCUCGUGCGCGAUCCAGCCCGCCUGCAUCCAACCUACAUGUUUUGGGCCGCGUUUUGGCAAAUCUAAGAAAGACAAGAAGUCUAAACCCAAACAAGAGGUAUUCAACCAGGUAACCCCCCUCCCAGAGCUGAUAGCCGAGCCCACAAGUGCUCGCUCCAUGUCAUUUGUGGGCACACACGAGUAUCUAGCACCGGAGAUCAUCAAGGGAGAAGGCCACGGCAGUGCAGUGGAUUGGUGGACCUUCGGGAUCUUCCUCUACGAGCUCUUGUUUGGGCGGACGCCCUUCAAAGGGGCAGGGAACCGGGCCACGUUGUUCAAUGUCGUGGGGCAGCCACUGAGGUUCCCGGAUUCGCCCACAGUCAGCUUUGCUGCGAGGGAUCUCAUCCGUGGCCUGCUCGUGAAGGAGCCACAGCAUCGCCUCGCUUAUAGGAGGGGAGCAACCGAGAUCAAGCAGCAUCCCUUCUUCCAGAGUGUGAAUUGGGCUCUAAUUCGUUGCGCUAGCCCGCCUGAUGUGCCACCCCCAUUCGUGAUGAGCGAGGUGGCUGCGGUUCCAGCUCCAGCUGCUGCACCUUCGCCCUCGCCGGCCGAGGCGGCUGGGAAGGGGCAAGGUGUGGAUGUGAAGCCUUCGGGUAAUUACUAUGAGAUAGAUUUUUUUUAGCUGAAAUCUUGUUUUUCUUUUCUUUACUUUUAUGCAUUGAGAUGAUUUCUGCUAUCAUCUUUGUACUCAAAUUUUAAUUUUAGGGAUAUUGUUUCAUUGCAAGGAAGAAUAUAUAAAGGCUGUUGUUCCUUCAAA